AUGAAGCUAAGUUCUCCUCCAACCAACCCAGUGGGAGUCUCAUUUGUGCGUGGCUUAUCCUAUCACUACCGUUCUUCUUGUUUUUUUAAUAAACGGUUUUGCAUCAUGCUCAUCAAAGUGAAAACAUUGACCGGUAAGGAAAUUGAGAUUGAUAUAGAUCCAAGUGACAAAAUUGAGCGAAUAAAGGAGCGUAUCGAGGAGAAGGAAGGAAUUCCACCUCCACAGCAGCGCCUUAUCUUCUCGGGAAAGCAAAUGAACGAUGAGAAGUCGGUCAGUGACUACAAAAUUCAGGGUGGCUCCGUACUGCACUUGGUCCUAGCACUUAGAGGUGGAUAA